CUUUUAGAAUCUAACAUAGUUCAGCUGAAAAUCGGUAGAUUUACAAUUAUAGUACAUUUGUGAAAAUAUAAUAAAGAAUAAUAUGAGUAAAGAUGCAAGAGCACAAAAAAUUCUUCAAGGGUUUAGACUUAAUUGGAUGAAUUUAAGAGAUGCUGAAAGUGGAAAAAUUAUGUGGCAGGGUACAGAAGAUCUAUCAGAAGAAGGAUGUGAACAUGAAGCUCGUGUACCUAAAAAAAUUUUGAAGUGCAAAGCUGUUUCUCGUGAAAUCAACUUUUCUUCUAAAGAGCAGCUAAAUAAGUUUAAACUAGAGCAAAGGGUUUUAUUUAAAGGAAAGUGUUUAGAAGAAUGGUUUUUCGACUUUGGUUUUGUAAUACCUGACUCAACUAACACUUGGCAAUCGUUGAUUGAAGCUGCCCCUUCUAAUCAGAUGAUGCCUGCUAAUGUUUUAAGUGGAAAUGUUGUUAUUGAAACACGGUUCUUCGAUGAUGAUUUAUUGGUCAGCACCUCAAAAGUCAGAUUAUUUUAUGUAUAAUGUUAUGUUGAUUGUUCUAUAAUUUUA